AUGACGCGGUCGGCGCGGCAACCAGCCAACCAACCAGCAGAGUGGAAGUGGAAGUGGAAAGUGCAGACAUGCAGAGCCUCCAGCUCUACCACCACCACCACCACCACCAACGCCACAGACCGACACACCGCGACUCGCCCGCCUCGCCCGCCCCCCGCCCCCAAGACCCACGAGCUAAAAGCCAAGCUUCGGAACACCACGCAGCGGGACGACAUCAGCGCGCAAGAAGCGCUCCGGCGACAACUCAACAACGAGCGCAACCGGCGGACGCGGCAGCGCAAGAUUGAGCGCGAGAUUGCCAGUGGCGUGCGGCAUAAGGACGGCAGGGUUAGGAGGUCGACGGAGAGGCCUUGGUGUUGA